AUGGCCAGAAUUUUAGCAAUAAGCAAUAUAAGAUAUAUUGGAAAUAUAAUUGACAAACUAUCAAUAACAUUACUAAAUUCUAAUAUAGUUUAUACCAAAGAAUACAAAGCAAGGCAUUGUGCUUUUUGUUGA